UACUGUUACUUGCUCUGUUCAUAGUUCUAGUAUUGUUGAAUUUCUUAUCUAUUACCUUCCAACAAAAAGUCAAGAAAUAGGGAUAAAUAUUUCUUAAUGUUGUUUGUCAAUCAAGGUUAAUUGUUCUUCAGAAAGUUCCUUCUUAAAGGACAAGUCCACCCCAACAAAAAGUUGAUUUGAAUAAAAAGAGAGAAAUACAACAAGCAUAACACUGAAUAUUUCAUCAAAAUCGGAUGUAAAAUAAGAAAGUUAUGACAUUUUAAAUUUUCGCUUAAUUUCACAAAACAGUUAUAUUCACAUCCUAGUGAGUGAGUGACAUCAUCAAGUGUCAUUUGCAUGACACUGAGUUGUGCAUAUUAUUUUUUUGUGAAAAAUAAGCGAAACUUUAAAAUGCCAUAACGUUAUUAUUUAACAUCCGAUUUUGAUGAAUUUUUCAGCGUUAUGCUAGUUUGAUUUUUCUAUAUUUAUUCAAAUCAACAUUUUUCUAGGAUGGACUUGACCUUUAAUCAAAGGUUGAUGUAGACUCCUUUGUAGUAUAUUGAAAUACAUGAAUGAUUAAAACAUAUUUCAAACUUUGAUUCAAACAUUACAGAAUGUUCAAAAUAUAUAUACACAUGUACAGCAUUCAUCAGGCUGAUAUACAAUGAUACAUUUGAAUUUCGUAUAUGUUUAUCGCUGAAAAUAAUAGCACAGUAAGCACACUCUCACUGGAAGAAAUGAAGGCCACCAAUAAAUAGAGGCACUGUUCAUUAAUCAGCAUAUAUUGCGAACACAUCCUUAAAAUAAGAUACAAUCAACUUCAUUGUAUAUUAUCUUAAAGGAGAAUGAAACCUUUGGAACAAGAUAGCUUGUGUGAAAACAGAAAAAUCAAAGAAACAGAUCAACGAAAGUUUGAGAAAAAUCGGACAAAUAAUGAGAAAGUUAUGAGCACUUGAAUAUUGCGAUCACUAAUGCUAUGGAGAUCCUCAAAUUGGCAAUGCGACAAAGAUGUGCGAUGUCACUUGUGAACAACUCUCCCCAUUACUUUAGUAUAUAUUUCACUUAAACUGUCUCUCUUUUAUCACAUCUAUCAGUAGAUCAUGUGGAAUUUCUUUUCGGUAUCCAACGCAAGGUGUUCCUUUUGUGUUUCUUACGUAACUGCGUAUUUCGAGUUUUCUCGUUGCGCUAACAAGCAUAUCUUUUCCAUUCUCGGCUCAGCAUUAUUAGCUCGCGCACGUUUGGAAACCAGCUCCAGAUUUUCUCUACGAGCCCUGCUACCGUAUUUUUUCCGUCAAGAUAGCGGCAUGGACGUGGACGAGACCACGCCCGGCCCAGCCACGUCUCACAACAUUUUACAAGCCAUCCAGGCUCUUCAACGAAAGGUGGACUCUGCCUCCCGGAAAUCUGCCAAGCCCGAAAGCUCCCCCUCCUUCAAGAGUGAGGGAAACAAGCAGCAAUACGACCACGCCCAGAAAAUUUUUCAGUGCAUUGACGACGCUCUACAUUCGCUGCAGGAUAUCGAUAUCGAGGCCGCAAAGGAGCGUCUACUCGAGGCAUCCGCCCUCCUUACUCAGAGGCAGAAACUGAUUCGCCUGGCAGACCGCUCCCCUUUGGGCUGGGCCACAGUCAAAGAGUAUAUCGCAGACGACCUCGCGGAGAAUUCCGAUGACGAAAAACGUCUCAGAAAGGCGGAGAAGGCUGCAGCCACCAAAAGGGCCGAAACAGCCAAAAAGUCAAAGAUUCAGCCCCCCUUCCGGGCCCCCCGCUCUUCUGUACCUCCUCGCAUUAUGCCUGGGACUUUUCGUCGCUUCAACCCCUACCGUUCUGAAACCCGCAUCUGCUUCCAGUGUGGCAUCUCCGGUCACGUCCGCCCCAACUGCCCCGCUCUGCGAGCCGCUAGAAGUGCCGUCAACCAGCAACAGCCAUCCAAGGCCCCCUUCUAGUGCCCCACCCGCCUCAUCUCUCGACCCGCCUUCAGGCGUGCAAG